AUGCAUCAGAUCGGUUAUAUUCACAGAGAUAUGAAACCACACAAUAUGUGCUUCGGUUUAUCUGAAACUAGUAAACAUCGACUUGUAAUUGUUGAUUACGGUCUUGCACGACGUUUCCGUCUACCCAGCGGAAAGUUAAGACCUUUAAGAAGUGAUUGUGGAUUUCGUGGUACUACAAUUUAUGCUUCCUUACGAGCACAUGAAGGAAAAGAACUCGGUAAAAGUUAUUUGCUAGAAGUUAACGGGCCAUCAGAUGACUUGACAAGUUUAUUUUAUACAGCAAUUGAAUUAGUUCUCGGUUGUGUUCCAUGGAAAAAGGCUAAAAGAAGUGAAGAUGUAAAAGCAGCUAAAGAAGCCAUUCAGGAAGACGACUUUCAAACAAUAUCGAAGAAAGUGGGAGAAGCUUUACGUGAAUUCGGACGUGCGGUACAUUCAAUGGAAGCAACAGAUGAACCAAAUUAUACAGCUCUGCAAAAUAUAAUGCAAGAUUUUACAAGCCAUCGACGAUUAAGCGACCCAUAUGAUUGGGAUAAUGACUUUGAAGAAGUAUUACGUGAAGACGAUAUCAACAAAACAAUACGCAAGUAA